AUGAAUCUUCAGCAGUCUGAACUGAAACUGUGCAGACCAAACGAGAACGACAGCAGUCUGCGAAUUCAAGGGCCACAGGACAUUGUGGAGAAGGUUGACAACAACUCACCUGGGAUCAAGAUGGUGCCAUGGGGCAAGGAAUGCAGAGGAUGGCAAUGGCUGAAAAAGGGAAGGCAGUCCAGGACAAUGGUGCUUGUUAUUGUUUAUAUUGCACUUUUUCUGGACUAUACCCUACUAACUGUUAUUGUACCCAUCAUCCCUAAUUUCUUAUAUGAAAAACAGAACUCAGAAAUGAAUAGGUCAGCAUCAUCAGAGCAGCCACCAGCUCUGUCCUCCACACUCUCCCCUGGCCUCUCAGAUUCCAGUGGUGGCCAGGUUACAAUUGAGAAUACUGCAGCAGCUGACAGUCAGAGUCAAGGAUUGAAAUGGAGAAACAUGACUGGAGCUGCCAUCCCAAGCCUGAAGACAGGAACUGGAGGAGCCCACUGCAGUCGGAACAAAUCAUUCUUAGAAGAGGAAAACGUUCGUGUUGGCUUGUUAUUAGCUUCGAAAGCAAUUGUGCAGCUCAUUGUGAAUCCAUUAAUUGGCCCUCUGACCAACAGGAUUGGAUAUCACCUUCCUAUGUUCACUGGUUUUGUGAUAUUGUUUGUGUCAACAAUAAUGUACGCUUUCUCGAACACCUACGUCUGGUUAUUUGUUGCUCGAGCACUACAAGGAAUUGGCUCGUCGUGUUCUUCAGUAGCAGGUUUGGCAAUGUUAGCCAGUUAUUAUACAGAUGACAAUGAAAGAGGCAGAACCAUGGGCAUAGCACUGGGAGGAAUAGCUGUGGGAGUGCUUGUUGGAGCACCUUUCGGAAGUGUGAUGUAUGAAUAUGUGGGAAAGUCAUCUCCUUUUCUGGUUUUGGCAGGCUUGGCUUUAAUCGAUGGAGCUCUCCAGCUCUUCAUCCUUUCUCCCACGAAAGCUAUUGCAGAGAGUCAGAAAGGGUCGUCUCUGUUAACAUUGUUGAGAGAUCCCUACAUACUGAUUGCUGCCGGAAGCCUGUGCUUCUCAAACAUGGCCAUCGCAAUGCUGGACCAGGCGCUCCCAAUCUGGAUGAUGAAGACCAUGUGUUCUCCGAAACUGCAUUUGGGUUUGGCUUUCUUGCCAUCCACAAUCAGCUACUUGAUGGGCACAAAUCUCUUUGGUGUUCUCGCUAACAAAAUGGGCAGGUGGCUGUGUGCCCUGGUUGGAAUGGUACUUCUGGGGAUAAGUAUAAUCUCUGUUCCUCUGGCAACCAACAUUUUUGUGCUCAUUGUUCCCGGAUGUGGAGUAGGUUUUUCACUGGGAAUGACCGAUUCCUCGAUGACUCCCAUUAUGGGUUACCUGGUGGACAUUCGUCAUGUAUCUGUGUACGGCAGUAUAUUUGCCAUCGCUGAUGUGGCGCUUUGUGUAGGAUUUGCAAUCGGCCCCUCAAUGGGAGGAGCUAUUGUCAAAGCAAUUGGAUUCCAUUGGCUCAUGGUCAUCAUCGGAGUUAUUAACAUAUGCUAUGCCCCACUUUGUGUCUUCCUAAAAAAUCCUCCGAGCAAAGAAGAGAAAGUGGCAAUUUUGUCUCAGUACAAUGCUGUGAAUACUCAUCAUUACACCGCUGAGCGGGACAGCCUGGAAUUCACUGCAAUGGAGGGUAGAGAUGAGGAAGCAGGGAAUAAGGAAUAAAUUCAGAA